UAUAAAAGCACGUGGUGCGAUGCGGACAUUAAUAUUUCUGCUGUCAUUACAAGGAUCGAUGUGCUUACGAAAUGUGUACACGGUGAUACCCGAAGCAGCUGAGAGAGGCAAGGCGGUGGUUCUCAGGUGUAUGUACGACCUGGAAAAUGAGGACCUGUACCAGGUGAAGUGGUACCGCGGCGAUAGGGAGUUCUACAGGUACGCGCCAAGGGACGUGCCACCCGUUAAAGUAUUUCCGAUCUCGGGGAUAGAAGUUGAUCGUGAUGCGAGCGACGCACAGCAGCUAACCCUGAAGGAGGUGACUCGGAGGGCCCACGGAAGGUACACUUGUGAGGUGUCAGCGGAUGCCCCGUCCUUCCUCACUGCGCAAGUUCACGGAUCUAUGUACGUUGUAGAUCUGCCCAAGAGUGAUCCAGAGUUAAUCGGUUUGAAAAGGCGCUACAAACCAGGAAUGAAGCUAAAAGUGGAAUGUAUCAGCUAUGACUCGAUGCCGCCUGCUAAUCUGUCAUUCUUUAUCAACAGUGAACCGGCACUUUCACAACACGUGUGGCACAGGGUGGGAGGAGGCGAGAACGGGAGCUUAUGGACCGCGUACAGCACUAUACAGUUCGUAGUGCAAAAACACCACUUUAUCAGAGGAAAAAUAAAGGUACGAUGCUCGGCGUACAUCUACUCAAUAUACUUCAGGAGCCACGAGCAGGUCGCGGACGAGGAGCGAGUUAUUCGCACGACCAUAGCGCCACUACCGGAAACACGCGAGGCCAUGGUGUUCCCUAUACACCGUGUUUCAGAUAAUAGCGGGAUGAGCAUCGGACAGCGUGCUGCGAAAGGAUUUUUACAGCUUAUGUUUUUAGUUUUAGCAUAUUAUAUAGUUAGGUAA